AUGAAGUACAUUCAAACUGAACAAUCCAUUGAAGUCCCAGAAGGUGUUACCGUUAACAUCAAAUCUAGAAUUGUCAAGGUUACUGGUCCAAGAGGUGUCUUGAACAAGAACUUGAAGCAUAUUGAUGUUACCUUCACUAAGAUCAGCAAGUCCUUGAUCAAGGUUACUGUUCACAAUGGUGACAGAAAGCACGUCGCUGCUUUGAGAACUGUUAAGGCUUUGGUUGACAACAUGAUUACUGGUGUCACUAAGGGUUACAAGUACAAGAUGAGAUAUGUCUAUGCGCAUUUCCCAAUCAACGUUAACGUUGUAGAAAAGGAUGGUGCUAAGUUCAUUGAAAUCAGAAAUUUCUUGGGUGACAAGAAGGUCAGAUUAGUUCCAGUUAGAGAAGGUGUCGAUAUUGAAUUCUCCACUAACGUCAAGGAUGAAAUUGUCUUAUCUGGUAACUCUGUUGAAGAAGUUUCUCAAAACGCUGCUGACAUUCAACAAAUCUGCAGGGUCAGAAACAAGGAUAUCCGUAAAUUUUUGGACGGUAUUUACGUUUCCCACAAGGGUUGUAUCGUUGAAGAUAUGUAA